UGAGCCUAAUAUAUUCAUUUUUUCAAGACUAUAAUCAACAGCAACCCAAAACUAUUUAUAUGAGAACCCAAGAUUUGAGGGCUGUGAUGUCUGGACUGGAUUAUCUUCAUGUACAGCUGUGUCAUUUAAGUGCUUUAAAAGCUGGGUCACGAUGAGCUUCUAGUCUGGAGUGUUUAGAGUCUCAGGAUUGGCAUCUAUUGUGGCUGUGUGCACUUAAAACUGAAUAAAAGCAGGCAGUAUAUAGAUGCAUAGCAUGUUGUCGUAUAGGGAGGGGGCGAUGGGAUAGCACCCUCAUGAUCUCUAUAAUCAUUUCAUUUAUUACGAAUUAUAGACACCAGUUUUGUACAGAUGGCUGGCGAUUCACUAAUACACGCUAAAGAUACAGCAAUGUCCUUCUGCGCUUUCCCAGGUAAUUAUUCUGAGGUGUGAUUUCCAAGUAGAAUUGAGGUCAGAGACAUGUAGAUGGGCAUUACUUGUGAGGCAACAGCGAACGAUCUCACGGCACAAAUAAGAGAAGAAAAAAACCCGGAGCCUUUACUGUUCUGUCUUGGACAUCUACUCCGCCAAUGUGAUGCAUUCACUUGCACAAGAAAUAAAGUCAUUUUCUAAAAAUAAUUUGCGCAAACAAUGCACCAGAGUGACGACUUUGAGCGGCAGGCGGAUUAUUGAAACAUGGAAAGGUUCAAUUGUACAGGUGGUUGAGGAUACAGUACAGCCUGAAACAGCAUGUGGAUAUGUUCAAGACAAUAGCUGGGAUCUUCAGGUUGGAUGUAUUAAACCUCAUCUAUUGCUCGGUUCGCAAGAUGCUGCACAUGACUUCGGUACUUUGAGAAAAUAUAAGGUCACGCAUGUAUUAAAUGUGGCAUAUGGUGUGGAAAAUGCCUUUCCUGCUUUGUUCAUCUAUAAGACACUGAGCAUACUUGAUCUACCUGACACUGAUAUCAUAUCAUAUGUCCAGGAGUGUGCACAGUUUAUAGACCAAGCUAAAGCUGAGAAAGGAGUUGUGCUUGUUCACUGCAAUUCAGGAGUUUCACGUUCUGUGUCCGUUGUCAUUGGAUAUCUGAUGUUAAGGGAAAAGCAGGCGUUUGAUGAUGCGUUUGCUCUGGUGAAAUCAGCUCGCUCGGUUUCAUGUCCAAACCCAGGUUUCAUGGAACAGCUGAAAAACUUCAGACCACAAGGCGCUACACAAGCAAAUGGUUUGAAUCAUGAUUGAGCAUGAAUCUAUGACUGCGCUCACUGAAUGUUGAAUGUUACAGCCAGCAGUGCUUCCAUGGCAGUUUUAUGUGGUUUAAAACGUAGACAUUUUCUUAUAGGUGCUAAUAUGAUAAUACAUUUAUUGUUAAAGAAAAGACUUACAGAACAAUAACACACACAGGCAAUACUGUACAAAAAUCUGAAAUUAAAAAUCGUCUCCCUUUGAAUUUAUUGGUUGGAAAUGGUGUUGAAAUGGCUAAGCCCAACAGGAUGUGGAGUGGUAAUGACAGGAAGUGGAAUUUACUGAAUUGCAACUUAAAUUCAACAUGACAAUGCAGUAAAUGAGUGCAUUCUGUGAAAUGAACCACAACCAUGUGAAACUCAAUAUAAUUUGUGUAUUGUAACACGUUUAUCUGUAAUUGAUGCAAAAAUGUAAAAAUAUGCCUAUAUGACUUUAUUUGAAAGUCAUUCUAUUCCAUUUCUAUCCUUUAAAUUCCAUUCAGAAUGAUGAUUCUGCAUCCUGCCUGCUACCUCAAUUAUAAUUCAGUUUAAAUUUAGAAAUUUGAUGAGAAUUUAAAGUUGAGAGUGUCUCUGUCUUUGUAGUAGUUACUAUAAAUCACAAUACAUUAAUGUGUACUAUAGUGCAUCUUUUAAGAUCUAGUUAUCUUCCCAUUAAAUAAUCUUCCCAUUUCACCAGAUGAUGAUUUUUUCUCUCGACAGUGACACCUUGUGGCCACAUCUCACAUUGAGCAUUAAUAUCAGAAUGGUAACAAGAUUAAGUUACUUUUAUUAAUAAAGAUAAACUGUUCCUGUAUACUCAGUAGCUCGGCCUUUGAUAGUAGAACUAUGUCUCCGUUAUUGUCCAUUGAUAGCAUCUAGAAUGUUUGUGUAAGAAAGUAGCUAUAAUAUCUUAAAAAGAGAAGGACUAAACUGUUGUUAUAAA